UUUCUUUUUCUCUGGACUUUCCCAUUUCGCCUUUCCAUCCCCACCCUUUCGCCAUUGAUGAUGCAGAAAGAUCACUUCUUUAACGGCGGUGGAGCUCCGCCGCCGCCGUUACUGUUCGAGCCCACGAUGCGUGACUUGGACGCGACUUGGGGGUGUUCUCAGGAUGAAUACGCCCAAUUUGAGUUGCCCGUCAGCAGCACCUCGAUGGCCGCCGCCGCCAUGGAUUCCGGCGGGUUUGCGAUCAGCGAGCUGAUCGGUGAACUCAGCAGUAUGUACGGCUCUCGACCGCCGUUCGCCGCCACUUACGCCAACGUCGGUGAUAUUUACAGCUUGGGAAAUUCACUUCCCCUGAGUACUCCGGCCAUCUCCCCGGCGCCGGCGAAGUUGUCCUGCCUCGGUAGCCGGAGCUUCAACGGGAGAACGGCUCAAUCCAGGUCGAGUAGCCCGUCUCUGAAGCAACCCGGAACUGAAACCCGACCCGAACCCUCAUUCUUUUCCGGCCACACUUCCAUUCCCGAACCAUCAGCUCCCUCCGCCGAUCAACUCCCGAGCGGCGGAAGCUCCGGCGAACUCAAUCCCAGAAAAAGGAAACCCGUCUCGGGAAUCAAGACGGACGGGCAUUCGAAUGCGAAGAAAUCGAAACAGAGCAAAGCAACGGAGGCAGAAGUGAAUGCUGAUAAUGGCGGCGGAGAUGGUAAUGAGUCAAACCAGAAGCCAUUUGAGCCACCAAAGGAUUACAUUCAUGUUAGAGCAAGAAGAGGGCAAGCUACUGAUAGCCAUAGCCUUGCUGAAAGAGUAAGGAGGGAGAAGAUUAGUGAAAGAAUGAAGCUUUUGCAAGAUCUUGUGCCUGGCUGCAAUAAGGUAACUGGUAAGGCAUUAAUGCUCGACGAGAUUAUAAAUUAUGUGCAAUCACUGCAACGCCAAGUCGAGUUCCUAUCUAUGAAGUUAGCCACAUUAAAUCCUAGGGUGGACUGCAACGCACCCAAUCUGCUCCCAAAGGAUAUAUGUCAGACCAAUGAGGCAUUGCCACAUCACGUGUACACGUCGGAUUCGUCAGGGCCCGCUUUUCGUUACGCCAAAAUUCCUCAACUAAAUGCGGGCAAUCCAAACGGGGCGCUAAGCCAAUGUCCUCCUCCUUCUCUUUACUCAUUGGAUGCCUCUCCAAGCCUUGGGAUGCACUUUCCUUCCAUGGAUAGUUUUGGUGAAACUCUUUCUCAGUUUCCUUUGGCAUUUGAAGAUGACCUGCAAAGUAUAGUCAAAAUGGGGUUCAACUAAAUCUUUAGCAAGAUUAUAUCCACAAAAUUUGAUUCUCUCCGUCACAUAAAAAAGUUCCAUAAUG